GGCCCCUUGCACUGGAGUACGUGUUUGGAUGAGGGCGACAGGAUCAGUCCUUCACUGGUGGGAACUAUUCUGCCAUUGGCCACCUGAGCUUGGUGUUUCCCUCUCUCCCCCUCCUGUAGUACUAGCACUCUCCAAAGCAGGAUGUUAGAGGAAGAGAGGCUUCCCUUACUGGGGAGGAGGAAGAGAAGAAUAAACACAAGAAGGGCAGCUCAAGUUGGCGUCACAAGUAUACAUUUGAUUUUGAGAAGCUCUGGUGCCCUGAUUGGAAUCAGAAGAGAAGAUGGUCUGGACAAACGAGUCGUGUUGCGCAUUCAAAGGGCAGCUGCUCUCCAACAUGUUGCCGCCUCUGCUCCUGCUGGAAUGUGUGCUAGGAAUGCUGGGUAACGGAGGGGCCCUCUGGAUCUUCUGUUUCCAUGUGAAGCCCUGGAAGAGCAGCACCGUCUUCCUGUUCAACCUGGCUCUGGCCGACUUCCUGCUCAUCAUGAUCCUGCCGUUUCGUGCCGUCUACUACCUGAGGGAGCUGGACUGGAUCUUCGGCGAUGCGUUCUGUCGCAUCUCACUCUUCAUGCUGGCCAUGAACCGAGGGGGCAGCAUCUUCUUCCUCACCGCCGUGGCCAUAGACCGCUACCUCCGGGUGGUCCAUCCUCACCAUCCCAUCAACUCCAUGACCGUCUCCAGGGGAGUGUGCACUGCGAUUGCUGGGUGGACCCUCACCAUCUCCCUGAACGUCCAUCUUAUCACUGCGCCCCACAACUUCCAGGCUUUGGACACCAACCGCUGUAACAGCUUCAUCAUUUGCCCUCAGUCUGAGUCCAGCCCCACCUGGCACAGGGCGGUCUUCAUCUUCUCCUUCUGCAUACCACUAGCCGUCAUCCUCUUCUGUUCUCUCCAGGUGGUCAUGAAGCUCAAGGAACGCCAGUUGGAUAAGCAUGGCGGGAUCCAGAGGGCCCUCCAUCUCAUUGUCCUGGUGGCCGCCAUGUUCGCUGUCUGCUUCCUCCCGAGCAAUGUCAUCCAGCUGAUGAUUUGGACCAAGAAGUCCAAAGACUGCAACUCUUUUGAAGGCCUGUACACAGCUUUCUACAUCACCCUCUGCCUGACCUACCUCAACAGCAUGCUCGACCCCCUCAUCUACUACUUCUCUAGUCCAGCCUUCAAGAAGAUCUACAAGAAAGUGGCCCGGCUCAGCUUGAGGAAGAAUGAGGAGCCAAGCCCAGCCGAAGACAAGACCAGAGAGACUGGGUCUCAGAGCCUCAGCCAGCUGUGAACCUUUACAAACCGUGUUUCUUAAAUUUCAACCUCAGACCUGGGUCAAAUGUUUUAUUUGAACUUAACCCCUUUAUAACUGAACACAUUCAGAAUUAACAUCAGAAUUUAUUUUGAAUGAUUCAACAGCAUUUUGAUUGUACCUUUUGGUUAGUAACAUGUUUGCUGGAGGUUCUACAGGAGUGGUUUCACAUUUUACCAGCAUCUAAACAGUUAAAGCACCUUAAAUGUAUGUUUGACCCAGAUCUAACAACAAGCAAAAAGAAAAAGAAAAAACAAAAUGUGUAACGGCUGAAUCUUGUGUGGUUUUGAUUCAUAAUCACCUCUGGUAUUCAUUUGAAUUAUCCCUGUCUGUAUAUGAAAUUUUCAUCUGUGAUACGAAAGAUUGGCUAGACUGGACUGCUUCUUAUCUCGACACCACUGACAGGGGGAACAAAGGACUGAACUGAAGCGGCUUGACUCAAACUUGGAAUAACCUCCAGCCAGGUAACACAGGAAGAUAUACCUCAUAUCUUCAACAGUAUUUUUCACACCAAUGGUGAUAGGCUGCUGGCCAGCUUGCCAGGUCUAAUUGUGCACAUGAUUUAAUUGUCCAAGAUUUGAUGUGUGGCAAUGUUGCAUAAUAGGGACCCAGGUUCCUAGGUGCGGUGCUGUUUUCCUAAUCUUGAAUAUCCAGCUUUAUAAAUGGGAUUGUAUGUUAAAAAAUAAAAUUAAACUGCAUCAGUCACUCUGGAUAGGAGUGUACAUGGUAUGCAAAAUGCUUGAAUGUAACAAAAAGCUUUAUUCAACAAUUCAUCCUCACUAUUCUUUCUGUGAAGUGCAAUGUAAUGUUGAUAUGAAUACAGAGGGAAAUGUAUAUAUUCUGUAUGCGGAUUUGGGGUUUACAGGGUCCCUGGUGUAAACCAGUCAUAAGUAACAUUUGGUGUCAUGCGCUGGUCAGCUUGCUGACUUCCCCCGCCCGGAGCAUGCAUUGUUAGUCCCCACCUUUUGGCACACAUGUCUGUGGGGGAGAGCUAGAGAAGGAUUCCUGGAGGAGCCUUCCUGGGCCCCCUGGGGAGCCCCCCUUCUCUCACAUUCCUUACAGGGUUUGAGCACAGGAAUACUGGAGAUGGCAUAAAGAUGUUUCAUGAUAAUCCCAGGUCAGAAUAUAGUAAUGUUUGGUGUUAUUCUGAUUGGUUCAGUGCGACUGGUGUAAUGGUCUAGUUUUUGUAACAGUCUACCUUUGAUAUCAUAACCAUCCAGGAGCCGAGGGGAAACUGGGCAAAAGCUGUCUCUGUAGAAGCCAUUUGUUUUAGCUCCCUGACCAAGGUCUCACUGGUGGGAGUUUGGCGGUAAAUUACAGAUGGGUGACCCGUUUUUAGGGGCAAGAACUAAGGCCUAGAUUUUGGAGAUAAGGAGAAGAAACCAAGCAAUCUGGGGUUUUGUCUCCUGUCCUUUCAUUCAUCCAAAUCAGGUUUAUCCAAAAGGUAUAUUACCAUGAGAGGCACAAAUACAUAUUUAUAGCAUCAUACAUCCCAACUACAGCAUUCAUAGAUAUGAUGGGGUGGCCUGUAGCAUAGUGGUUAAGGUAAAUGACUGGGACACGCAAUGUCUAAUCCCGGUAUAGCCACAAUAAGAUCCGCACAGCCGUUGGGCCCUUGAGAAAGGCUCUUAACCCUGCAUUGCUCCAGGGGAGGAUUGUCUCCUGCUUAGUCUAAUCAACUGUUCAUCACUCUGGAUAAGCGCAUCAGCCAAAUGCCAAUAAUGUAAUGUAAUAGAAUGUCUUGUAACCUUUUGGACUGGACUGUUUGGACUACCUUUGGGGAGGUUUGGAGAUAAGGGGAAGAUGGACUGUGGCUGUGUUUUAGUUAAGAGGUCACAGGGGUCAUGGGAAGAGAAGGCGCCUGUAACCCAUCACCUUUGGGAUAGGCUCCGGACACUCCCACAGUGCCCUCAUUUGGGCACUGCUGUCAUUACACCGGUGACUGCUCUCCUAGAUUAAAUAUUCAAAACUGCUAUUAAGAUAGUAAAUAGACCCAGUAAAACCUUGAAAACAUUGUCCAUGUGAUCCUUAUAUUAUUGUAUUAAGUCUUAUGUAAUGGUAACCGGGAGUGCAUGUAGAAUGGAUAAUCAGGAGGGAAGUUUCAUGAUAACUGCAACAUAAUAAAACAUAAGGGUAAUCUGUUUGGUAUGGAUGUGAUCCGGUAAAAUCAAGGAAUCGGAUGAGAUACAUUUCAUACCAAAUGGAGUUCAAUGAACCAUAGUUUCAGUAACUCAAGGGAAUACCUGCAUGUCCUCUCUUGGUAAUCAUCUCAUUUUCCCUACUUAACAACCCCCAAGGGUGGAGGUCUAAAUUUCAGAUUUGACCACCCCUCCAGGUUGAUUUAUGGCACUGCCGCCUGGUCCAAACAUAUGAUUUGGCAUAAAAGCAAGGGAGACAGACCAAUCUGGGAAGAUCGCAUUCGACUUCCCACACAGCACGUUCUAUGCAUGUGCAGCAACAGAAGAUCGCAUUCGACUUCCCACACAACAUGUCUUGUGCAUAUGUAUGUAUGUAUGUGUAGCAGCGGAAGAUCGCAUUCGACUUC